CAGCUGGAGAAACAACAUAAGAAAGGGGCUCCUGGAACAGGAAGGCUUCUUACACCCUAAAGAAGAGGUCAAGAGAGAACACCCAGCCUCAGCCUGCUGAAAGACAUCCAGCAGGAUGGAACUGUGGGCCUGUGUUUUCCUGGCAUUUGCUGCUGCUGCUUCAUCAUCAUCUGCAUACUGGGAGAAGGACCCCACACUCAACAGGCACUGGGAGCUUUGGAAGAAAAAGUAUGGCAAAACAUACAAAAAUGAGAAAGAGGAAGGUGGUCGACGUAUGACUUGGGAAAGGAAUCUGCAGUUUAUCAUGUUGCAUAACCUCGAACAUUCGCUGGGGUUACAUUCCUAUGAACUUGGCAUGAAUCAUCUGGGGGAUAUGACCAGUGAGGAGGUGACUGCUAUGUUGACUGGCUUGAAAGUUCCUGACUCACGCAUGCAGAAUUCAACAUAUUAUGUGCGAAGUCUGGGAGUCCUCCCCAAUGCUGUAGACUGGAGGCAGAAAGGGUGUGUCACAGAUGUUAAGAACCAGGGUGCAUGUGGUGCAUGCUGGGCCUUUAGUGCUGUUGGGGCCCUGGAAGGCCAGCUAAAACUCAAGACAGGGAAACUGGUGUCUCUCAGUGCACAAAACCUUGUUGACUGCUCCAGUAAGUAUGGAAACCAUGGGUGCAAUGGAGGCUACAUGCGGGCUGCCUUCCAGUAUAUCAUAGACAACAAAGGCAUUGAUUCGGAAGCUUCCUACCCAUAUGAAGCCAAGAAUGGAACGUGCCACUACGACCCCUCUGCACGAGCUGCUACCUGCUCUAAAUAUGUUACUCUCCCAUAUGGAGAUGAAUCUGCCCUGAUGGAUGCCGUAGCCAAUGUUGGCCCUGUAUCGGUUGGUAUAGAUGCAAGUCUAAUGUCAUUCUUCCUGUUUAAGCGAGGUGUAUAUGAUGAUCCAAAGUGUUCUCAGCAUAUAAAUCAUGGAGUCGUCGUAAUUGGAUAUGGAACAGAAGAAGGCAAAGAAUAUUGGCUUGUGAAGAAUAGCUGGGGUCUAAGUUUUGGCGAUGAAGGAUUCAUUAAAAUUGCAAGGAAUCAUGGGAAUCGCUGUGGCAUUGCCAGCCAGUGCUCCUAUCCACUAAUCUAGAGAGGAUUUCCAGCUCACAGUGGAUUGUUCGUCACUGAAAGAACAGCCCAUUAGGCAACUAAUCUUUAGAGUUUUUAAAAAAUCAAACUGCUCUGUUUUAAGAAGAGUGAUUGGUCUCCAAAGGCGAGGUCUUCCUGUCAACUCCACCUGGUAGAUCUGAGACAAGCAGCCAAAAUGAUGAUUUAUCCUGGUUUAUCUUGGUAUUUGCUAAGCAUCCCUUGGGCGCUGUGGGGCUUAAUCAGUUAAUAAUGUAAUGUCUGUAGUCUUGCUCUGAACAGCCCAAGCUUUAUGUAAUUGCCGGAUAGUAUCACUGUUACAACCUCAAGGUAUGUUGGAAUAAAAGCUGUGUCAGGUAAACACAGAAACAAAC